AUGUCUCUGGUCCUCGGGAAAGUAGUGUGCAUUACGGGUGCGUCUAGAGGUAUAGGUCGCGCAACUGCUCUCGAAUUUGCGAAGCACGGCGCGACUGGCUUCGUUUUGCACUAUUAUGGCGAUGAAGCAACAAGAAAAGAAGUCCUUACACUCGAAGAAGAGAUAAAAUCAAUAUCUGAUGCCUGUAGGUCCGUAGCUGUACCCGGGGAUAUAGCAAAUCGCGAAACCUCUCUGAAGAUUGUUCAGGAGGGCAUUCAAAAAUUCGGCAGAAUAGAUGUUCUCGUUAGCAACGUUGGAAUAUGUCCAUUCUCUGACUUCCUGACCAUGCCAAUUGAAACAUGGGAUCGGACGAGACAAGUGAAUCUGGAUGGCUCUUUCUAUAUCGUGCAAGGUGUUGCAAAGCAGAUGAAGCAACAGGAACCCCAGGGAGGUGCCAUUAUUUGCGUCUCGUCAAUUUCGGCUUUAGUCGGUGGAGAGCAGCAAUGCCAUUACACUCCAACAAAGGCUGCUUUACUGUCGCUUAUGCAGAGCUGCGCUGUUGCGCUUGGUAAAUAUAACAUUCGGUGCAAUGCUGUACUCCCUGGAACGAUUGCGACCGAUAUUAACGCGGUUGACUUAUCUGACCCAGUCAAGCGCGAGAAUAUGAUCAAAAGGACGGUACUCGGACGUUUAGGCGUACCCGAGGAUGUAGCUGGUCCCAUCGUAUUUCUCGCGAGCGAUCUUGCUCGAUAUGUCACCGGCGCAUCGGUUCUAGUCGACGGUGGCCUGUUUGUUAAUCUUCAGUAA